ACACUGCACACAGCGUUCUCGAAGCCUAGAUCUGCCACCUCCUACUUCCCAGGAACCAUGAGACUUCUGCUGCUGGCUCUUUCCAUCCUCGUGUUCCUACCCCAAGUGAUCCCAGCCAUUUUUGGUGAAAAAAUGUGCUUGCGCAAAUCAGGACAAUGCAGGAAAAUGUGCAAAGAUGGAGAAAUUAUAAAGAAAGGAUGUAGAGCUCACCAAGUCUGCUGCAUUCCAGAUGCCAACUUUCACAAAAAAGAGGCCAUCACCAGGGAAGAUGAGACAAGUCCCAUAGGCCUGUUUCCAUUAGAUUAUAUGGAUGUGUAUAAGACGGCGGCCACUUUGGACUACUUAUUAGCAGACAAAGCGAAUGGGGUAGAGGAAGAAUUAUCGGAGAGGAUGAAGACUCAGACCUCCGUCCCCUAGUUUCAUCAAUGACUCCUUAAAUGCCACUCACAUGCUAACACGGAUGGACUAAGUCACUUACAUAAAGCACCGAAGAUUCCCAUGACCUACCCUCAUGCCCACUCACGUAUAAGUCUGCAU